CAGGCACUGAUGUCAGUGAUGAUUGUAAAUAAUAUUACUACUCAAAUAACAAUCAUAAGACUGCAGAGUGAUCAAUAGGAAAAUGUUUGGGCGCAAAGGGAAUGUCCCCGAGAAAAGAAAGGGGGCUAAUCUAAUGGAUCAGAUGGGCUAUACUAGCAUGGGGCAGAUAGAACAGGAGUUGUAUGGAGAUUUGGAAAAUGAUGCCGAGUUAGAGGCAGAGUUAUUGGCCUUGCAGGGAGAGGAGGGUGGAGGAGGUAGUCAGUCCAGACCUGCCCCCAGGAGAAAACACAAUAUUGGAACAGCGAAUAUUGAAACAAUUGCAGCAGAAGCUUUGAGAGACAUUGGGAGUGAUGAGGAAGUUUCAGAUACAGAGGAUCCCGACUUGCUGGCAGAAUUACAGGAAAUAGCAGGAGAUGAUGAGGAUGAGGGGACCAGCAAAUCCCACACUGUUAGCUCUGUCCCCCAGAUCAAGCAUCCGGAGAUGGGGAUGGUGGAGCUACUGGAGGGUCGAUUACAGAUGUACACCACAGCGGCGGAAAACGCCCGGGCAGCAGGGGACAGCAGCAAGCAGAGGAGACUAGACAGAGGAGCUAAGACAAUUCAAGAUCUACUGAAGAAGGCCAAAGCUAACAAGCCAGUAGCAGAGGAUGACAUCCCACCCACUGUCUCCCUGGGCUCAAAUUCAAGGGGGGCCUCACCAGUAAACGUUUUAGCAUCAGAACCAGAGAGGAAACCAGCAGUUUUACAGCCAACUCUAGAGCCUGUCCCUGUUUUACCAAGACCAUCACCAAAACCGGCACCAGCCCCUCCAAAACCAGAACCAGCAUCCCCAUCAGUUUCUGCUCAUCUGGAUUUAUCAGACAAAGACAAAGAGACUUACAGAAUGUUAGCGGCUCGGAGAGAUCAGUAUAAACAUGCUGCACUGAAGGCCAAACACACAGGGGACAUAACCACUGCCACACAGCAUGUCAAAGUUGCCAAGCAAUUUGAUAACGUAAUUAAAGCCUUAGAAGAAGGAAAAGAAAUAGAUCUUUCCCAGAUGCCACCUCCUCCGGAGGCUAUUUCUGUGUCCUCGGGCACUGUGGUAUCAGCCAAGUCCAAACCUCCCCCGGAGUUGCCCCCUGAGCCCACUGCUGAAGAAGCAAAAUCCCUCUUUGGAGCCCCUGAUCCACCAAAGACUGUUUUAGAGGCAUUGGAACAACGUCUCCAGAAAUACAAGCACACAGAGGUUGAGGCCAAAGAAAAGGGGGAAUCAUCUAAAGCUCGUCGAUAUGGAAGAAUUGUCAAGCAAUAUCAAGAUGCCAUAAAAACUUACAAGGCAGGAAAGCCUGUGGAUUUUGAUGAGUUACCUACCCCUCCUGGAUAUGCACCAAUACCUGCUGGGCCUCCCCAAGCCUCUCCAUCCUCAUCAUCCUCAUCAGCCAAUCAGCUGCAACCAAACAUGGAUCAGAGGUCACCAGCACAGAAUCAGAGAACGCCCUCACCUGCAAGGAUGGCAGCAGGAGCUACACAGCCACAGAAGAGUCCCUCACAACCAAAUGCAGCAACACAGCAACAGCAUCACCAGAAACUUACCCCAGACAGACAGACGUCUAGACAUUCACUAAAGAGGAGUCCCACUUCUCGUGCUGAACAACAGCUGAACUUCUUGAAUGAGAGAAUGAAUGAGUACAAACAAGCUGCUCUGAAGGCCAAGAAGAACAGGGACAUAGAACUGGCCAAGAAGUAUCUCAGAAUAGCAAAGGGAUUUGAGCCAAUGAUACAGGCUGCUGAGUCAGGACUUCCUGUUGACAUGUCUCAGAUUCCCCCUUCUCUAGAUGACGGAGAGGAGACGUCAUUUGUGAUGGUUCAGAAGGAAGAUGUGGAGCUGAGUGGAGAUAGGACCGAGGUGUAUCAGAAGCUGGAACAGGACCUCAUUAAUCAGAUCAGGAUUUCUGCAACAAAUGCUCAGCAUUUUACUAAACUUGGGGAUGUGGUUUCAGCUGCCAGGUUUGAGAAGAUGGAGAAUGGUUGUAGAAAGGAUUUAGAUGCCCUGAAAAAUGCCUUCAAACACAAUGACCCAGUGCCUAAGUUUCAUUACGAAAAUAAAACGUUUUCUUUAGUGCAAUGUAAUACAGAUUUAGGAGAAAAUGAUUUAGAAGUAGAAGUUAUCCGAGGAUUACAGUAUAAUUUACCUGAUAAAUAUUCAGAAAAAGAUGUAGAUACGUACAUCAAAUUUGAAUUUCCUUUCCCUACUGAUGAUCCCCAGACGGCCCAGUCAGAGACCGUAAAGGGAUCCUGUAAUCCAGAAUACAAAGAAUCUUUUAAAGUAGAAAUAAAUCGGAAAUCCAGAGCAUUUGCUCGCGUCAUAGAAAGAAAAACAGCAAAGUUUGAAAUAUUUCACAAAAGGGGAUUUUUGAAAAGUGAUAAGCUGAUUGGCACAGUAAAUGUCAAACUACAACCUCUGGAUAACAAGUGUACAGUCCAUGACAGCUAUGAUGUAACUGAUGGCAGGAAGACAGUUGGGGGGAAGCUAGAGGUAAAGAUACGAAUACGAGACCCAUUCAAAAGUAAGCAGGUGGAAGAGACGAAGGAAAAAUGGCUGGUCAUUGACCAGUUCUAUAAGACAAUUGACAAGACAUCUAAGGGAAGAGCACCUGCUCCACCAAAACAAGCAGUGAACAAAAGCAAAGUAAAAUCAAGCAUUUGUACCAUCAGUUGAGGAUAGACCUGCUGUCAUUUCAAGUUAUGGAUCCUUAGUUUGAAAAAUGAGAGAAGAAUUAUGAUAAAAGUUUCCUCAUAAAAUCUCCGUCCAAUUGGUGACAUUUUUCUAUGAACUUAAUUUGUGCAAUAAAUCUGUAAUAAUUAUAAUUAAUGUGAUCUUAUAUUCUAUAAAUCUUUUUUUUUUUACCUCUCUUGUUUUAAUUUAAGUUUGAAGUUCUACACACGUUUUAUUUUACAUGCAUCUAUACCAUGUACACAAGUAUUACUUUUAUAUAUUAAUUUAUUUUUUUUUGGACAUAUUAUACUUCGUAUUUCCAAUGACCUCAAUAUACAUGUAUAUUUAAAUUGAAUGAUUUGCUUUUUCCAUUUACAUAUUAUUUUUUUAGUCAUUUUUUAAAGAGCUAUUGAUAUAAAUGUAUAGCAGUAUUGAUUGAAACACAAUAUGGUUUCAUUUCACAACAUAUAUCUCAAUAUAUAUUUAGGUAAUUAUAUAUUUUAUAAAAAUGUACAAAUAUAAUUAAAUGUCUUUCCAUUGCAACCAAUCCAACUUUUUGUGUAGAUUUUUGAUUUAUUGAAACCUAACUGUGAUUAAACCAAGUCUUUUUUAAUGAUCAAAAAGGAAAAGGUGAAAAAAAUUAUUUGUGAUGAAAUGCAAUAAUUUACAAAUUGUAUUUUUGUUUCAUGUACACUGAUUUUGGUUGUGAAAAUAAAGAACUUGCCAUUAAAUUCUAUAUCUACAAAAAA